GAGCGAUGCGGCGCCGGCGGGCCGCGGUGGCCGCGGGUUUCUGCGCCUCCUUCCUGCUGGGCUCGGUCCUCAACGUGCUCUUCGCACCGGGCUCGGAGCCUCCGCGGCCAGGCCAGUCCCCCGGGCCCUCGCCAGACCCGGGCCCGGGCCGUCGCGGGGGCCGCGGGGAGCUGGCCCGGCAGAUCCGAGCGCGCUACGAGGAGGUGCAGCGCUAUUCCCGCGGGGGCCCCGGUCCCGGGGCCGGCCGGCCGGAGCGGCGGCGCCUGAUGGACCUAGCUCCGGGCGGCCCGGGCCUGCAGCGUCCCCGCCCCCUGCGGGCCCGGCCCCUGCCCGACGGCGCUCCGGGCUGGCCCCCGGCUCCUGGCCCGGGAUCCCCCGGCCCGGGAUCCUCCGGCCCGGGCCCGCGCCUGGGCUGCGCCGCGCUCCGCAACGUGUCCGGCGCACAGUACGUGGGCUCCGGCUACACCAAGGCCGUGUACCGGGUCCGCCUGCCCGGCGGCGUCGCGGUGGCGCUCAAGGCGGUGGACUUCAGCGGCCACGAUCUGGGCAGCUGUGUGCGCGAGUUCGGGGCGCGGAGGGGCUGCUAUCGGCUGGCGGCCCACAAACUGCUCAAGGAGAUGGUGCUGCUGGAGCGGCUGCGGCACCCCAACGUGCUGCAGCUCUAUGGCUACUGCUACCAGGACAGCGAGGACAUCCCGGACACCCUGACCACCAUCACGGAGCUGGGCGCCCCUGUGGAAAUGAUCCAGCUGCUGCAGACUUCCUGGGAGGAUCGCUUCCGAAUCUGCCUGAGCCUGGGCCGCCUCCUCCACCACCUGGCCCACUCCCCGCUGGGCUCGGUCACUCUGCUGGACUUCCGCCCCCGACAGUUCGUGCUGGUGGAUGGGGAACUGAAGGUGACGGAUCUGGAUGACGCCCGCGUGGAGGAGACACCGUGCACAGGCAGCGCUGACUGCACACUCGAGUUCCCAGCCAGGAAUUUCACCCUGCCCUGCUCAGCCCAGGGCUGGUGCGAGGCCAUGAAUGAGAAACGCAACCUCUACAAUGCCUACAGGUUUUUCUUCACAUACCUCCUGCCCCAUAGUGCCCCACCCUCACUACGGCCUCUCUUGGACAGCAUUGUCAAUGCCACAGCACCGUGCACUCUGCAGGAGAGCUCACCUGGGGGGUGGACGAGACCCUGGCCCAGCUGGAGAAGGUGCUGCACCUGUACCGGAGCGGGCAGUAUCUGCAGAACUCCACGGAGGCCGGCAGAGCCGAGUACCAGCACCUCCCGGGCAGUACCAUCCCCCAGGAAGACUACCGCUGCUGGCCAUCCUACCACCACGGAAGCUGCCUGCUUUCAGUGUUCAACCUGGCCGAGGCUGUGGACAUCUGUGAGAGCCAUGCCCAGUGCCAGGCCUUUGUGGUCACCAACCAGACCACUUGGACAGGUCGGCAACUAGUCUUUUUCAAGACAGGAUGGAGCCACGUGGUCCCUGAUCCCAGCAAGACCACAUAUGUGAGGGCCUCUGGCUGACCUGUCUGUGGGCUCAGCUGACCAUCCCUGCCAGCUGGGCUUGCCUGUGACUUGCACUGGCAGCACUGCAUGUCACCUGGGCACCCCUGCAGACAAGGCUGACAUCCCCGACAGACCGAGGUGACCAGGACAACGUGCAAUAAUGCCACAUGUUAAAAUGUGAGUUUACCAGUCUAGGUCUGGGACUGCUGGCUCCAGGGCAGGAAUCACGGAGGGCUGACUGCCCCUCUCACCCUCUGGGCUGCCAGCGAGGCUCAGGACGGUCUCGCCACUGGGGGCUCUGCCCCUCACUGGGACAGUUCUGUGGGCAGCCCCAUCACUGUGUUCGUAGCGCGAGAAUGUAGCCAGAGACCCUGCUGCCGUUGCUGCUGCCUGUGCUAUGGCCCGGCUGGGGCCGCGUGGGGACAGUCACAGAGUGUUCUCUUAGCCAAGCUCCAGACUGGAGACUUGAAAGGAUGCUCUGGGAGAUGGGUGAUUCUGUACCUGGGGAGGCCGCCUCUGGGCCCGACAGGGGCGCUGACCGGCCAGCCCAGGAGCAGGGGCACAGGAGCACGCGAGGUAUGAGCCAGGUCAUGGGGUUGAGGGGCAGGUAGCAGUUUGAGCCAGGACCUGGGGCGGGGGUGGGGCCGGGGCCUUUCUGCCUCAUUUGCUUUCAGUGAAAGCCGCAAAGCAGCCAAAAGCAGCCUCUCCCCGCUCCUGGAGUUUGUAUAUCCAGAAGCUUUUGUACUUCUUGUUCAUUAAAAUGUUUAUUUUUGUAAGAAAAAAAAAUCAAUUAAUAAAAGGACAUUUCAUGGCAAGGG